CGGGACCCGGGCGGGCCAUGGCUGCCGCCGCCGCCGCCGCGCGCUGAGGCCCCGCCGCGCAGCCAGGCCGUGAUGCCCCGGGGGGGGCCCGGGCCGCCGCCGGAGCCAUGGAGGAGGAGGGCAAGAAGGGCAAGAAGCCUGGGAUCGUGUCUCCGUUCAAGCGGGUGUUCCUGAAGGGCGAGAAGGGCCGGGACAAGAAGGCCCAGGAGAAGGUGACGGAGCGGCGGCCGCUGCACACGGUGGUGGUGCCGCUGCCCGAGCGCGUGGAGCCCGACCUGCUGCUGCACGACUACAUCGAGAAGGAGGUCAAGUAUUUAGGCCAGCUCACCUCCAUCCCGGGAUACCUGAACCCCUCCAGCCGCACGGAGAUCCUGCACCUGAUUGACAACGCCAAGAGGGCCCACCAGCUGCCGGGCCAGCUGGGCACGGAGCACGACGCGGUGCUCAGCCUGUCAGCCUACAACGUGAAGCUGGUGUGGCGGGACGGGGAGGACCUGAUCCUGCGCGUGCCCAUCCACGACAUCGCCGCCGUGUCCUACGUGCGCGACGACUCCGCGCACCUCGUCGUGCUCAAGACAGCUCAGGAUCCCGGGAUCUCUCCGAGCCAGAGCCUGUGUGCCGAGGGCUCCAAGGCGCUGACGUCGGGGUCGCUGUCAGAGAGCGCCGGGGGACCCCUGGAGUGCUGCUGCCUGGUGGUCCUGGCCACAGAGAACAAGGUGGGUGCCGAGGAGCUGUGCUCCCUGCUCAGCCAAGUCUUCCAGAUUGUUUACACCGAGUCCACCAUCGACUUCCUGGACCGUGCCAUCUUCGACGGGGCCUCGACGCCGACGCGGCACCUGUCCCUGCACAGCGAUGACUCUUCCACCAAAGUGGACGUGAAGGAGCCCUUCGAGGCAGAUGCCAGCACUUUUUCCUUCCCAGACACGCUGGAGGCAGGAGACACGUCCCCGUCCUCGCUGUCCGCGCGCCCGUCCCCGCACGUCACCACGGCCAGCGAGAGCGAGCUCAGCACCACGGCCACCGAGCUGCUCCAGGACUACAUGAUGACGCUCCGGACCAAGCUGUCCUCCCAGGAGAUCCAGCAGUUCGCGAUGCUGCUCCACGAGUACCGGAACGGAGCCUCCAUCCACGAGUUCUGCAUCAACCUCAAGCAGCUCUACGGGGACAGCAGGAAAUUCCUGCUCCUGGGCCUGCGUCCCUUCAUCCCAGAGAAGGACAGCCAGCACUUCGAGAACUUCCUGGAGACCAUCGGGGUGAAGGAUGGGCGCGGGAUCAUCACGGACAGCUUCGGGCGCUACCGCCGCUCCCUCGGCGCCGCCUCCGCCUCCAACGGCACCGGCGCCGCCGGCAGCUCCGACGAGCAGUCCGUGCCCUCCGAGGAGGACGAGUGGGACAGGAUGAUCUCCCACAUCAGCAGCGACAUCGAGGCGCUGGGCUGCAGCCUGGACAGGGACUCGUCCUGAGGGACCGGGGCUGGACACGGGGGGGUGGGACACAGAGCUGCUCCCAGGGGCAACACGGAGCUGCCCUUGGAGGGACACCGGGACACAGA